AUGUUCGUUUUUAAAAUUAUCAGUAUAUCCGUCUUGCUGGGGGUAACCCCUGUUGUUUCGGGGUUCGAGGAUUAUGACGAUUUGUACGAUGAUGAAAACACGGAGUAUUACGAUGAUUAUUAUAAGGUUGAAGACACAAUGCCCGAUGCAAACGACACCAGUUCAUCGAACAGAACUAAAAGAUACCAAGAUAAAUCUACCAUGAGUCUUGAGGAUAAACAAGAUGUUGAAGGAGCUUUGCAACAGUUGCUACCCAACAUACGAGCAGAAAAUCUAUUUACGGCACCUUCAACUGAAUCAACUUAUUUAUCUCGAUAUUUUGAUGAAUCAAAUGCUAGCACACAAACAUACAGCACUAUUAACACGCAAACAUUGAAUGCAAUCACUAUUGAUGAUGCCGAAACAGCUACAUCGCCACGACAAACUGUAAUAGAAAAGUUUACAGAUACCUUGACAACGGAGGAUACUUUUAAAAAUCUAUUUAACCAAAUCCCAAAACGUUCCUCGGCGUAUGUUAAAUCUAAGAAACACACCAAGCAUUUAUCACAGAGGGUUGAUGAUGUAGGUGCUACUAUGAAACUACUACGGGAUUCUAAUACUGCUACGGUAGAAAAAACAAAAAAUGAAAUAGUUUCAGACCAUACAACACAAACAGAAGCAGUCACAACACCAAGCCCCACAACGAGACGUGAUUUGGAUAUACCACGUCUUUUGGACAUUAUAGCUGACCUAGCGAGCGAAUUUGAAACUAAUUUGACGAGGAAGUUAAAUGAGACACUCUUCAAUAUGUCUAUACCGACUUGUACGACGCCAACGACUGAAGCCCCAACGACUUCAGAGUACGAUGCGAAUUACACGGGCGCUACCAUCGCUAAGUGCUUCGUUUGUGGCCUGGACAUCCCCGGGAUCCCGCAGCACGCGCAAUGUGCGGACGCGUUUGCUGGAGACUUCCUACCCCUCGUGCCAGUGGAUGCCUCCGCUAAGGGCAAGAUAUCGUCCUUUAAAAAAUAUUGCAAAUAUUCUAAUAUACCAGGUUAUGUGACGAAUUUCACCCAUUCGAGAGCGAUCUACGGUCGGUGGACAGGUGGCUGCGCGGUUCGGUGGGUCGAUUUGAGUGGUGUUUACACCCAGCGAACGUGCAGGAGUCGUCUCCAACCGACUAUGGGUAAACAUUUCGCUAGCAAGCGGAUGGCUAAACUGGAGAGAAGUUUGUGGAACAUUGAUAAUGGCUGUAUUAUAAGUCCCGUGGCAACAUUGCUUCCACUUUCCCGCGGUAUAUCGUUGUACGCUCGUUUCCAUUCCUGCGUGUGUACGGGCAACUGGUGUAAUUCGGCUUACGUUAACCGACCGUGGACGUCGUGCUAUUUAAUAUUAUUCGUCUUUGAUUUGUGUAUAGCUCACUUUAGUUAUAUGAAUCUCGAUAGUGAAAUUUAGUAAUUCAA